UAAACAAAAAUGGCUGCCCUUAGCAACUAAGCGCGUGCUCAAGUAGCAACGUGUUUGUUUCGGUAGUGGUUUAGAAUUUCCACAAAGUGUUAAACGUUUCAUUGUUUGUUAUAAACUGUGACAAGUUAUGAAACAGUACCCAGUGUUAAUUGAAAAGGGAUAUAUAUGCAAGUGGUAAUUUAAAACUUCAAACGAAUUAAGCGCUGAAAUCAAAAGGAAUCUGAAAUGAUGACAAUUUUAAGCAAUUGAUAUUUUGGCGAAAUUCUUUUCGUUCUACUUCCGGUAGAUAACGAAGAUGUCGGAUUGGGAUCCGAUAGUUCGCCGGGUGCUGGCCGGGCAGGUGAAACCGGAAGAACUGCCGGAGAUUCCACAAAGGGUGGUUCGAGUUUUUCUUAGUUCAACUGGGAUAGACUCCCAGACUGAGAGGAAUACAUUUGUAGAAAAAGUUUAUCCAAAACUGCGCGAUUAUUGCAGUGAAAAUUAUGGGGUCGACUUUCAGGUGGUGGAUUUGGAGUGGGGCAUUCCCCAGCAUGACCAAACUACAGACCCAGCGUUUGUUGAUUUUCGAUUUAAACAACUGCAAAAAUGCCAUGACCUCUCCGCUGGACCAAGCUUUUUGGCUUUCAUUGGACAGAAGUAUGGCGACUCUCCUCUUCCUGCCAUUAUUCCUUCUCAUGAGUACGAAGCACUCCGUGUGGCGAUGAAAGGUUACAAGUCACGUGAUUCUCGUACAGCGCCUCUGCUGGAUGAAUGGUACCGCAAGGACGACAACUCUGUUCCACCUGCUUACAUUCUUACAAGUGUGCGAGAAAAAUUACCAGACUACUUCAGCGCAGACGACACGAGGCGACAGACAGCCAGGACAAAAUGGCAGGAAGAUGAACAGGAAAUGAAGCGUAUGCUACAGAAAGCAGCAGAAAUAGCUUAUCUUGAAGGUCUUAUUGACGGGGAUACCAAACAAAAAUACCAUCUGUCUACUCAAGAUUUACUGAUACAGACUGGAACAGAAGAAUCCGCCUCUCCGACAUCACGUUGUGUUCUCGCACUACGAACGAUAGUUGAUCUGAAAAACUAUGUAGAAGACCCAAAAGCCAGUGAAUUUACUGAAGUUACCCUAAAUGAAAAAACAGAUAUGAUGGAAAUAGACGAAAUAUGUUCAACAAAACUGUCGCAGCUAAAAACUCGUGCCAAAGGACUGAUAUCCGAUAAAAACUGUUUAGAAUAUGACGUAUUAUGGCGAUAUGAUGACGUCAUAAACCCAAAACUUCACGCGUCAUAUUUGAACAAAUUGUGCACUGAACUGUUUGAUACUCUUAAAGGCCUUAUCGAUGAGACUGUACCCAAAACGAAAUUUGACUGUGAGCCUGAACUGUAUCAGGAGGUGUUACAACACUGGUUAAAUUGUAAGGAAAAGGCUAGAAAUUUUUACGGACAGGCAGAGCUAAUGACAAAAUUGAAGAACUAUCUGUCAGAUGAAACUACCAAGCCGUUGGUCGUGUAUGGAGAAGCAGGCUCUGGGAAGUCAACACUGCUGUCCAAGCUUGCAACGGAGGUUGUCGAAAAUUCACGAGGAAAUACAGUAUGCGCCAUUCGUUUUAUUGGGUAUACACCAAAGAGUUCAGACAUCAAGCAGGUUCUGAUGACCCUUUGUUUGCAGCUCCUUCAUACCUUAGGUCGGAAAAACACAGACAUACCUUACGACGCCAAAGAUCUCCAAAGAUAUUUCAACGAUCUCCUGAAUUCUGUUCCAAAAGGAAUUACAGUUGUGAUAUUUCUGGACUCCUUAGAAAAUCUCAUUCCUGAAUAUAAUGCCCAUUUUCUCUCAUGGCUUCCAAAUCAGUUGAAACCAAAUAUCAAAAUUGUUGUUUCAACUCACCCGACAAAACACAAACUGUUAGAAAGGUUGCAAAGCGAAGUUAUCAAAGACAUUAAUUACAUGGUAGGGGUGACUCAGAUGCCAUGCGAAGAUGCUGAAGGGUUGAUGCAAUACAUCUUGUCUUUGCAUAGCCGCAAAAUUACUUCACUUCAACAAAAUGUGUUCAAAAGCAAGUUCAGUGAAUGCUCACUGGCAAUGUAUGUUCAGUUAUUAACACAUCAAGCCAAAUUACUCAAAUCAUACGAUGUGUUGGACAAAAGCAAUGUACCAUCAAACAUAAACGAGGCAAUAAACUGGUACUUUGAUAGUCUUGAGAAAAAGCACGGCAAAGUACUUAUUGGUCGUACUCUGGGUUACCUUGUAGCUUCUGUUACCGGAUUAAGUGAUUGUGAAAUGGAAGAUCUUCUAUCGCUAGAUGACGAUGUUCUCAACUCGGUCUUCGUGACGUAUCAUCCACCUGUAAGGAGAAUCCCAUUCGUGAAGUGGCUUUCAAUAAAAGAUGAUGUGGAACCGUUUCUUAACUACAGAGAAGCGGAUGGAGUGACCGUCUACAUGUGGUGUCAUGAAGAAUUUGAGGCGGUUGUCCGAGAGAGGUACCUAAAUGAUGAAACCACACGAAAAGAAGUGCAUUCCAUGCUUGCGGAUUAUUUCCUUGGAGCAUGGGCUGGUAAGAAGAAGCCAGUAAAAGUGCCAACUGAAAAUGGGAACUUAGUACUGUUGCCCUGUGGAAACGAGGCUGAUCGUUUUAUAGCCGCUCAGCCUUUGUCAUUCGAAACACCCGGUGCCCCGGUGAGAUACAACAAAAGAAAAUACGAUCAAGUUCCAAGACAUCUGUAUUUGGCAGGAAGGUUUAAAGAACUGAACAGUCUAGUCCUGUUUAACUACGAGUGGUUGUACAACAAGAUAAAAGCUCUCUCGCUGACUCACAUUAUGGCGGAUUUUGUUCUCAACCCCGGUGAAGAAGCAACAUUGGUGGAAGAAGCUCUCCGGGUUGCCGAAUCUACCAUACAAAGUGAUAUCAACAACCUAGCCCCAGAGAUAACUGGUCAUUUGCUACCGUACUACAAAACUCAUCCGAACAUCAGGGCUUUAGUUCAACAAUGUGAUACUGCUGGAUUGAAGCAUUGCGCUCUGAUUCCAAACUUCCCGUAUUUACAAGUCCCUGGAAGCUCCCUUCAGUACACGCUGACUUCUCAGGUUUGCGGUGAUUUCUACAGACUAACAUUUGAUGACAGAUACCUCUUGGUAAAGGUUAAGGACAGCUCUAUUGUUCAUCGAUAUGAUGUCGCUACAGGGGAAGCCAAAAAGUAUGUGUUCGCUUCAAAUGGAGAUCUAUAUGUUACACCUAACGGAAAAUUGUUUGUCAUUGUAGAUCAUUUCACAGAAAAGGCGAUAAAGAUCCACAACUCGGAAACCGGGGAGUUCGUCGGACAGUUGAUAGUAAUGAAUCACAUCGAGCUGAAGGUGAAAGAUAGGUACAAAAUGGGGGCAGUAAGUCUCACUGAUGAACGAAUGGGUGUCAUCGUGACUACAGAUACAAGCUUUCUGUGCAUAGCUGAUUUAGCUGGGUGCCAGUUCCUCCAGAUUAUCGGACUAGAUGGGAAAUGUGACGUGUGUGAAAUUUCACCAAAUGGGCGCUUUGUGUUUUGCAACUCUAAUGAAUUCAUAUUGUGCUAUGACAUAUUUUCCCUUGAACAUAUAUGCACAGUGUCGGCUGGAUACAGACCAAGCUCUCUAGCCUUCACACGUGAUGGAUUUAGAGCAUUCGUUGCUAAUCCACAGGAAAGGAAACUACUUGUUAUGCACAUUCACCGAGGUGCCGUAGAAAUGGCCUACAAGACGCCGUUGGACGAAGAUAUGCCCGAUGACAAAAUUGUCAACUUAAAGGUGUCAAGAAAAGACGAUAUGGUAUUGGUGCAAGGCCUUAGUAACAUUCUGAUUUACAACAGAUUUACUGAGAAAGUUUGUGCCAAAUUUCAGCGCCCUGAAGAUGUGCCGAAAGAGUUUAAGUUGCCAAAGAGUCAUUAUACCGACUUGUUCUUCACCAAUGCGGAGUUCUCAAGAGACGGAAACUUUGUAGUUGCCUCAAUUUUCAGAAAUCUUUAUAUAUGGCAAAUUUCCACUGGAAACAGAAUUUCUACAAUUCAAGCUCCAGUUGGUAUUAUCACAGAAAUGCUUAUAUCAAAACAUCGUAGUCAGGUCAUUACUCAUGUAAAAGGCUCGAAAGAUAUUCAGGUUUGGAAUAUUGACGAAGCCGUGAACCAAGUACAUAUGCUAGAUAAGUUGACCAGUGCUAUAGAAGAUGUAAAACUAACUUCUGAUAAUUCAGUUGCAUAUGUUAAGUGCCAGAACAGCGAUGAGCUUGGGGUUAUUGACAUGCGCAAUGGGGUUAUGCUGGAUCUUCUUACACAUGAUUCAUUAAUCAAAGACUUCGCAUGCACUCCCGACGGACAGUAUGUGAUCGUAUCAAGUAAACCGAAGAAAAGGAAUGCAGCUGUGAAAAUAUGGGAUAUGGACGAAAGAAAAGUGGUUAAGGAGUUUGGCAACACAACAGGAUACUGCAUAGGUGCACACAAGAAUCAAGCCAUAAUAUAUGUUGCCCAGGAAAAGAUAGACUUCAAAACCCCCUUCUACAUUACCAAGUUCAGUUUUGUGGGGGAUGGAUUUACAGAGAACACACACCCAUUGUCAUUAAAGUACAUUCUUGACAGGCCUUUCCUUACCAACGAUGACCAGAAUGUUGUUGUUCUUACGGCUCAGGACUACAUAGAAACAGAGGGAGAGUAUGACACGCCUACCAUUUGUGCCUUUUCGUUGGACGAUGAUUACAAAGUCUCCUACUAUACACCAGAAAGUUUCCAAGAAGCUGUUAAUAUUAACACGAUCAAGCAAGUGAUGCCAUGCAAACAAGAUAGCAACACAAUUGUUGUAUUGUAUACAACAAACGCUGUUGUUUAUGACGUCAACUGCAAUAAGUCGUAUAAGGACCAGAGUCAGCUAGGUCUGCUCGUGCUUGAUAUCAACACAGGUGCUAUUAACAUGAUAUGCGAGCCAUUUCUUAAUUCGGGUACACCUAUAAACUCAAUUGUUUUCUCCGACGUGCAGUUUUGUAUAGACUCCAAGUAUAACAUAUUCGAUAUUAACAACGGAAGUUAUGCUGCGCAGCUGCCUGACCCUGGCACUCCACCAAACAACCUUGCACUGUUUGGAAACGCAGUAAUUUAUUUCAAAGGAUCACAACUAUACGUUCUUAGCAUCGUAACAGGCAAACAAAUUGCAAAAUGUGAGGUUCACUCGUCCAUUUCACAUAUCGCAGUUUGCUCGGAUCAAAGAACAAUCGUUGUUGGUUGCCACGACGGUACAAUUGUUUCGUACAUUUUAAUUGAUGCUACGAUAGAAGAUGCAGAGAAAGUCGUAUCUAAAGUAGGCAGCAGAUCGAUGGAAGGGGCGGUUCAGAGUCGUAGGAACUCACGGGCAUGGGAUAAAGUGGAAAACGAUUCGUGUCCGAAUUAUUCACGUCCUCCAUCGGCCCUAAGUCUUGGGCCAAAGGAAAAGGUUUUAUUGAAACAAGUGAAAGCAGCUCCAAAAAUUCGACCAAAUUCUGAUACUCUCAUUUACUUGAAUGAACGUUCUAAAACGUGCAAUGUGCAAUGAUGAAUCAUCUGACAUACUUCGAAAGAGCGUUUGAUUGUAUGAUUGGUGCACUAAGGUCUGAAAAUAUAAUGAACAUGAACUUUCCAUAAAGGAUGAAAGUACUUGCGCCUUUCUGAUAAUCGGUGAUCGGAUAUCUCAUGACAAUUGUAUAGACGGCGAGUACAUGAUUAAGAAGAAAGUCAAUGUGAGCAAAUGUCAAAUCAAAGUGUUGUAAAUCUUUUACAUGUCAAAAAUGUAUGAAACACUCAGAGUGCCAGUUAAUGUUUGAACAUAGUAAUUUUGAUCGAACGACUGUAAAUUUAGACCCCAGAUACUUAUCGUAAUCUGUCGAGAUUAAAACUUAUUUUUUGUUACACUAGGUGACUUAAGGAUUGGUACAUUAGCCUAAGAAUUCAUGUAAUCGGAUUUAAGUUGUAGUUAGGAAUAAUAAAUCCUUUGCUAAGAUUAAUCCAUUAUCUGAAUGACAUAUAAAGCUACUCAAAAAAGAUGAAAUGAUUUUUGUUUAUUGAAAACUUAAGACAUAAACUAUGAAACAGUUAUUGCUCGUGACUGUGCUGAAAUAUGAAAUUUAAAAAUUAGGAGUUUUCGACGAAAUAUACAUACAUUUCUUUUAAUUCAGCAAUUGCAGAUUUAUAGCAUUUUGCCAUUUAACAAAAUGUUCAUGUAUUGUGGUACAAAUCUUCAACAUUGAUAUGUAUGACAAUGUGUUGCCCGCAGUUAUUGUUAGAAAUUUUUUUAAGAAGCAUUUAUAAUAAAAAAGCAUUUAAUUAGUAGUAUUUGUACUUGGUGUUUAUGUUUCUUUAUAAUAUGUUAUAAAAGAAAUGUUAUUUUGUAUCUGGAUAAUGUUAUAUAUAGUGUUCAUUUGAAAUGCUGCAUGGAAAUGUAGGUUACAUAUACUUGUAUACGUGUUAUAUUUAAUAACAUUUUAUGUUUGAUUAAAAUUAUCAUUUUUUCCAGUAAGGUUAAUAAAAUGCUCAUUAAUGUAUAUGAUGUUUAUGUUAAAUGAUAUACCUUGACGCGACUGGGAUUGUUUAAAGAACAUAUUUAGCUAUCAGCCUGGUAUGGAAAAUAUUUUGUCACGACUAUAUUGUACAAAGAAACAUAGAACAAAAAUAUUUUAAUUUUUGGUAAACUUUGAUAAACACAGCAAGAAACGUUACUGAUUAUGAUUUUCUAUGCUUGUAGAGCACUGUGAUAUGUUGUCGGUUUAUCUUAACCUUUACCCUGCUAAAUUUCUAAAAUAGACUUGCCUGUCAGUCAAUUUGGGCAGUACCACUUAUUAUUCGAAGGGGAGUUCAUUGAAAAUUUACUGACUGAAUAGCGAACAGUGCAGACCAUGAUCAGCCUGCACGGACGUACGCAGACCAUGAUCAGCCUGCACGGAAGUUCAGGCUGAUCUUGGCCUGCACUGGUCGCAAAGGCAUAAUCACUUGCCAGCAGCAGGCGAAAUGUUAAUUAGCAAAUGAAUUGUUUUUUUAUCGCUUUGCUUUAUAUGAUAUGCAUUUUCAGCGGUAUUAAUUUUUUUUUGUAUUUUUUUUUAAAUGAGUGGCAGUGGCCAUGAACACGAAACAAAAGGCGUGCCAAAGAUAUUUUUUGUAUUAAUUCGUCUUACUGCCAAAUUUUAACCACUUUAAUACAAAUGUGAUCUUGCCUUUAAAUUUCUGGAACUUUAUUUAUAUUUAUGACUAAGCAUUUACAAUAUCUGUGAUAGCCUUUCCACGGUACUAUAUUAGCUACAACAUGGUAAAAUGCAAUAUGCGUGUUUCACAUUUUAUAAAGAUGACAUAAAUUUCUGUACAAAGAAAAACCCGGACUAACGCUGAAGAGGAAACACAUCCUGUAUGGGUGACUGCGUUUUGUUGUAAAUAUCGCUUUUCCUGCUGGGCUUGUAUCAUUGUUUUUGAUGUACCCAUUGAUGACGUCAAGUAGUGCAUUUUGUCAUAUUGUAGCGCAUAUUGUAUACAUUUUAUGAUAGAUCUGUGUUAUUCAUAUUAUGUUCUUGUUAAUUGAAUCGCCUGUAUUAGAAUAAACAUUUUAAUAAACAGA